AAAGUACACCUUCCUCUUCUCCAAGAAAACCACACCUUGAUUCCCAAGCCACCAAAGAAGAAAAGUUUAGAACCUUCUUUUCCUAUUUUUUUUUUCUCUCACAAUCUUUCUCUAUAAAUACACCUCUUCACAUAACCACUUUUACUAAGAAAAAAAAAAACAUAUACCUAAAACCCUAUUUUCAAACAAACAUCAUCAAUCAAACAAAUUCUUCCACUCUUUCAUGGCUGGUCUUCAACAAUAUAACUUUUUUCCAACCGAUCUCUUCUACCCUCGUCCACAGCCUGAACAAUCCACAACUUCUCCCACCGUGCUUCCUCUCAAAACUCCAAACGGUGAAGAUCUUCCUCAGACUCAACAAAAACAACCAGCUAGGAGCAUGAUCAAAGUAAACCCUUCUACUUCUUCUUUGGUUUAUACUCACAAAACACAAUCUUUUGGUGUCGUUGACAAUAACAUGUCUAAAUUUUCACUAGACCCACUUUCUUUGAUGGUUUGGAUGGAUCAAGAGGAUCAAGAAUAGAGCACAAAAGUUUUUUUUUGUAAGAGACUAUAAUAUUUUUAUCUUGUUUAAGACUAUGUAAAUUAUUUUUAAGAGAUUAAUUUCUCUUCUUUUUUUCUUCAUGUUUUUGUUUUUUUUGCUCUACUUUGCAACCUUAGAGUUGUUUCUCAUAGAAGAUGGAAUCAAUAAAAUUGAAAGCUUAUGAUUAUCUUAAUUUAUUUUCCUUCUUGGA